AUGGAGGAUCGUGUGCAGCAGUUUCACCUAGACGCGCAACGCCCACGCGACGCGAAGACUCCCAAGGAGAUCGAGCGCCUCCGAAAAUUUCUCUACAAGAAUCAAGAAUACAGAUUCACGGAACGCGAGCAAUCACAACUUUUCUCCGCCAUACAAGCGCACUACGCCGCGCACGCAGACCUGCCCGACGAAAGUGCAAAGGAGCCGGCGCUGCAGCUGAUAGAUGACGCUUUGAAAAUGCCCUUUACAGUUUUUACGACCAGCCAAAAAAAGACAUUUUUGAAAUGGCACGCUAAGCUAACUGGUGAAGGCGAUGGCAAGCUUUCAUCGGCAGCAGCGGUCGUCGCACCAGACCGAGCAGAGUAUCAAGUAAUUGACUUGAUUGGAGAUACAGUUACCUGUAUGACGGACGAAGGCGACGAUUUUACGGUGGACCUGAAGGGCAGCGAUGCAGGCAUGGUCGCGCAGUUGCGGAGCCAGUUCGAGGGCGGUGCAGCUGUCACGGUGACUCUCGAUUUGGGGAGGCGAACGCUGCUGGCAGCUCGCACGGAAGAGACCUAG